CGCCUAACACUUACAAUUACGAGUGCGCUUGAACACCUCACGGCGUAAGGAGAACAGAGCAGAAAGGAGACAAAGCGUGGAGCUGUUCAUUGCUGAGUGUGCAUUAUAUGAACACAUAAGUAGGUCUGAUGAUUAUUUUGUGCAUUAAGAGUGUGCAUGUAUAUAUUUUUCUACUUCGGACACUGCUUUGUCAUGAUUGUUAAACUUUCCCCUACAAUUUGGUAUUAAAUUAAUAUGCACACUUAAACCAUGACCACCAGAGUGGACAAAAAAGUGACGCUCAAAUUCAACCCAUUGAAACGGACGGAUGCCAGCAUCAAACUGGAAUAAAAGAUAUGUAGGGUGAUUACUUAUCUAUUUCUAAGUGCCCGUGUGAAACUUUAUCAAAAUGUGACCAUUCAAAAUACACGUUUUUGACCCCAAAGUACUAUAAAAAAUAAUUAACCAAUUAAUUAUGUAAAAUUUUUCCAAGUUAAUUCAGAUAAAAUGGUUUAUGUUUUUUUAAGGAGUAGGGGGUACAUGGCUUCGGAUCAAAUGUCUGAAGGGGUACGCGACUGUAAAAAGUUUGGGAACCACUGAUCUACAACGGCUACUUUUCACCUACAGGUAUUUAAAACUGUCAAGCGUCCAAACUACAUUUCCCAUAAUCCUCUGGUGUGUGACAGUGUCGAAGACAUCAGAGCUAAAAGCUGUCGAAAAUUGUUAGCCAGUCUCUGGCUGCAGUCGAUUUUGCAUAAUGUCGUGUCCUGUAAUGCAUUCAGUGGAGAUGAACCCAGCCAUUCUGCCUCUAGACUGGCUUAUGGGUACAUGGCAGUCUGAUGAACCAGGGGAGGGAUGCUUUCCCACUAUCAAACCUUUCCGCUACUCAGAGAUGCUCCACUUCAGCCAUGUUGGACAGCCAGUCAUCAAUUUCAUGUUCAAUGCCUACCAUGCAGACUCCAAGAAGCCACUGCACAGAGAGUGUGGCUUCAUAAGAAUGCAGCCGGGAACCAAUAAAGUGGCGUUUAUUGUGGCACAAAACUCAGGUCUGGUGGAGAUUGAAGAGGGUGAGCUGACAGGCCAGCAGCUGAACCUGCGGAGCCACUCUGUUGCCAGAAUCUCCUUCGCCAAGGAACCGCAUGUACAGGAGAUUUCAAGAGUGUUUCAGCUCAAAGCAGAUGGGAGACUGGAGCAGAGGGUUUCCAUGGCAACAGACAACCAGCCACUCAUAGAACACUUGCACAUCACUUACGUACGAACAUCUUGAGCCAAAAAGAUGGUCACCUCAUUGAUGCAUUACAGUAGACACCCAUAAUACAUGUUGCUAAAUAGGAAUCAGAUGAUAUGAGAAGUUGGUUAUUUUAACUCGGUUUAUGUCAUAUCCUUAAACUGCUCUAAAUGUGUAAUUGUCUGUUUUUUUGUGCAUGUUUACUGUAACUCUUAUAAAACAAUGCUGAAUGCAUGUUAAAUUCCAUAUUCAUCAAGUAUAAAGACAGCUGAGUCUUGCGUUUAUUUUCAUGUGGGUGAAUUUUUGUCAAUAAAUGAUGUUUUUGAA